UCUACAAAACCCCCUGUGCCCCUGUUGCUUCUCGCUUCCCCACCAUGCCUCGUUCUUUCCUGGUGAGGAGGGGGGGCUCUCACCCUCUGCGCCCCAAAGCAGGUAGCCCCUGCUUGAGCACGACCCUGGUGCCAGUGGGUCCCCCAGAAACAGACAAGAGGCAGUGGGGUACCCUUCUUCAGGGACAGCCGUCACCUAAGAGUGCAGUGUCUCUAGUGACACACAAUGAGGCCUACUCACCACAGCCCUCUCCACCUCCAGCCCUCCACCCUGCCUCACAUAGUCACCCUUACCUUCACCCCACUAGUCCCAUGUCUUCAGGUAGGUGUUGAACACUGAGGCUCACCUAACACAAUCUCAUGUACAUCUGCCAGUUGUGUGUAUUAUUGUUCUCUCAAAAUCAUUCAUUAUUAUACAAUGUUCAUUUAAGCUAAGACUGAAACUGCAAUAUGUUUAAGACCUACUAGAGAUCAGUGUUUGCUUGUAAGAAGGGGCUAAUUAAUGUAACGUAUCAACCACCUGCUAUUCUCCAUCCUAAGAUGGUAGAGCUGCACUGCACCACCACUCUACCUCCCCGUUGAACCCUGGCAGCCCUGCUGAGGAGGUGGGCUCUCCCCUCCUGGGGGAGACCCGACACAGAGACUGUCCCCAGAUCAGUGACCACAGGACCACUGGGACUGAAUGUCCAUGGUGUGGAAAGGUUAGUGGAUGAUCCCAAGUCAGUUAUGUUAUUCUAUUCCUCUGACAAGUGGUCAUUGCCAAUAAUAAUCUGUUCUUAAUUGAUUUACCUGUAUACACAACCAGUCAAAAUUUUGGACACACCUACUAAUUCAAGGGUUUUUCUUUAUUUUUAAAAAUGUUUACAUUGUAGAAUAAUAUAGUGAAGACAUCAAAACUAUGAAAUAACACAUAUGGAAUCAUGUAGUAACCAAAAAAGUGUUAAACAAAUUUAAUUUGUGGAAUUUCUUUCAAAUAAGCAAAGAGAAACGACAGUCCAUCAUUACUUUAAGACAUGAAGGUCAGUUAAUAUGGAACAUUUCAAGAACUUUGAAAGUGCAGUCACAACAACCAUCAAGUGCUAUGAUGAAACUGGCUCUCAUAAGGACCGCCACAGGAAAGGAAGACACAGAGUUACCUCUGCUGCAGAGGAUAAGUUCAUUAGAGUUACCAGCCUCAGAAAUUGCAGGCCAAAUAAAUGCUUCAGAUUUCAAUAUGCCAUUUAGCAGAUGUUUUUAUCCAAAGCGACUUACAGUCAUGCGUGCAUAAAUUUUUACGUAUGGGUGGUCCCGGGGAUCGAACCCACUACCCUUUCGUUACAAUCGCCAUGCUCUACCAAUUGAGCUACAAGUCACAGACAAAAACAUCAACUGUUCAGAGGGGACUGUGUGAAUCAGGCCUUCAUGGUCAAAUUGCUGCAAAGAAACCACUACUAAAGGACACCAAUAAGAAGAAGAGACCUGCUUGGGCCAAGAAACACGAGCAAUGGACAUUAGGCCGGUGGAAAUGUGUCCUUUGGUCUGGAGUCCAAAUUUGAGAUUUUUGGUUCCAACCGCCGUGUCUUUGUGAGACGCAGUGUGGGUGAACGGAUGAUCUCCGCAUGUGUAGUUCCCACCGUAAAGCAUGGAGGAGGUGGUGUUAUGGUGUGGGGGUGCUUUGCUGGUGACACUGUCUGUGAUUUAUUUAGAAUUCAAGGCACAUUUAACUAGCAUGGCUACCACAGCAUAACGCCAUCCCAUCUGGUUUGGGCUUAGUGGGACUAUAAUUUGUUUUUCAACAGGACAAUGACCCAACACACCUCCAGGCUGUGUAAGGGCUAUUUUACCAAGAAGGAGAGUGAUUGAGUGCUGCAUCAGAUGACCUGGCAUCCACAAUCCCCCGACCUCAACCCAAUUGAGAUGGUUUGGGAUGAGUCGGACGGCAGAGUGAAGGAAAAGCAGCCAACAAGUGCUAAGCAAAUGUGGGAACUCCUUCAAGACUGUUGGAAAAGCAUUCCAGGUGAAGCUGGUUGAGAGAAUGCCAAGAGUGUGUAAAGCUGUCAAGGCAAAGGGUGGCUAUUUGAAGAAUCUCAAAUAUAAAAUAUACAUUUGAUUUGUUUAACACUUUUUUGGUUACUACUUGAUUCCAUGUGUAUUAUUUCAUAGUUGAGGUCUUCACUAUUAUGCUACAAUGUAGAAAAUAGUAAAAAUAAAGAAAAACCCUUGAAUGAGUAGGUGUCCAAACUUUUGACUGGUACUGUAAAUAAAGGUGAAUUAUUAAACAUCAAUCCUACUCUCCAUGAAAAAGGUUUGAUAUUAGUGGUAAGAGAAAGCUAUGUUUGCUUCCAUCAUGGAUAGUGAACAAUUUCGACUCAUUGGAAUGCCACUGAGGUGGUUGGAUAGACCUACACAAAUACUUUUUAUUAACCAAAGGUCAAAGUGCAGCAACUGAAGUCUGACAUGCUUUGAUUCUCUAAUCUGUUUUUGACUGGAUGACCAGUGUGAGGAUUAGAUCAAAUAAGAGGUCAAUUAUAUUUACUGCACUGCUCUUCUUGUUUUCUUUUCAGAGUUUCUUUUCUUCCUCCAGUCUGGCGUACCAUGUCCACAAGUCCCAUGGUGGCAGACACAAGCAGUCAUCAUCAGCACACACCAAGACUGACAGUCAGCCAUAUGGCUAUAGGCCAGACCUGGGUUUGAGAUACAGGGUCAAGGUAGGAAUAACACACCUAAUGAUGUCAAUAAAGGUCUGUUGCCUGCCCCAUUACUUGUAUAACAUAGUGUUUUAAAGCAGGUUUGGGGUCAAUUCCAUUUUAAUUCAGUCAUCGAAAUGGAAUUGACCCCAACCCUGGUUCAAAGUAGAUACCAUGAAAGAAAUGUUAGUGUAUUAUCAGCAGAAUGUUUAUUAAAGCUCCCAUGCAGACUUUGUACUUUUAUUUUUAAAUCACUGUAUUCUAAUAAAUCACUGUUUACUUAAUUAAAAUAACUAAAAUAUAUUUAUCAUUUAUUUUCCUGAGCCUCCUUUGGCCCUUGAAAUUCUGUCUAAUCGUGUGGGCACGUUAGGAAACAAAUUUAAAUAUAUUUACAUACACAGCCCUGAUUGGCUGAUAGGAUGGUCUAGCGCCCACCCCCUUACCCAGAUGAACAGUCAUUGGUCUAUUAUAAAUCAGAUCAUCAUUGUGACAUCAUGAUGUGGGUUCUACUAAGCUAUAUGGAAUUGUUUUAAGGUCAUACCAAGGAUCAUUUAGCUAUUUGAUUUUGAAUUUUAAGACUCGUUGAAGUAUCAAAAAUAAAUUAAAAAUACUGCUAUUAGCCCAUACAAACACAUUGAAUAACAGAUUCACUACAUGGAACAACAUACAGUCCCCAAAAAAAUAUCAAAAGGAAGUUUGUUCUGAAGUGUCUCUCCUAUAUGUUUUUUUUUAACAUGUAUUUAACCCCAUAUUUUGGGCAUUAAAUAGUCUCCAUAUAUACUUCCUUACAUUUUUUCAACUGGUAUCAGGGGACCUUCAGACGAGUCUUGUGAGGCCUGUGGGCAUCCUAGAGCAAAACAUGUACAUGUUCGUGAGAGUAUCAUCUUUCCAUAGAGGGGUCAAAAUAGUUUGUAGGACAUUCGGAACGCUACAGGCGAUUUUGUGUCAUGGUCUGACAAACACCGCUCUAGCUCUAUCACCUUUCACCUCAGAUGCAGAAUUGCGACAGGCGGAUGCGGUUGAUUGAGCAUCUGCAACAUCGGCGGAUGUGGUGGAUUGAGACGUACCCAAUGCAAAAAAAAAACGAUCUCUAUCUUAAAACAGACAUUUUUUUAUGCUAAUGAGAUUUCUGCGGGGGCGCGGACAUCUACUUUAGGGGGUUUAAAGGUUUUUAUGCCAGUUAUAAACUAUAUACAGGAAAACACACCACAAUAAACCUUAUACAUAACUAUAUAGCCUAUACUAUAUGACCUAUAUUUGUUUUUGUUUGGUGUAAAAAAUUAAGAUGAAUUAAAACGCAAUAAAAAUAAAUAAAUAAGUAUAUGGCCAUGUGUUUCAGGAGCGUACGUUUGGCUGUAAGGUGUGUGGGAAAGUGUUCAAGCGCUCCUCCACCCUGUCCACUCACCUGCUAAUCCACUCUGACACACGGCCCUACCCCUGUCAAUACUGUGGCAAAGGAUUUCACCAGAAAUCUGAUAUGAAAAAACAUACAUUCAUUCACACAGGUGAGUCGAUAUGUAUUCUAUGGAAAUAGGGAUCUUGUCUUUGUCAGUCACGUUCGAAACAUAUUAACUAUUUUAUAUAUAAAAAUAAAUAAACAAUGUGAGUGGUAGGGGCAUGUGGUGCCUGUUAAAAUUUGUAGUGACUACAUGCCAGAGUAUGGCGACGUGGGAAGUGAUUUGGCCUUUAAAAUAAAUAAAACAGCCACCGCAUGCCCCUAUCACUCAUUGAUUUGGAAUAAGUUAGCUGAAGUUUGUAGUGGCUGUUUUAAUUAAAGAAACCUGAACCAAGCAUUAUAGUUUUUCCUGGCCACUAGACUACCUUCAGGGUGAGGAACCAUCUAACAUUAAGUUAUAAAAGAAUGAACUUCCCUUUAAUACUAUUUCCCCUCUGCCCUCCUUUCCCAGGUGAGAAGCCCCAUGUGUGCCAGGUGUGUGGCAAAGCCUUCAGCCAGAGCUCCAACCUCAUCACCCACAGCCGUCAGCACAGUAGAAACCAGCCCUACCACUGCCUCUAUGGCUUCCAGCGCAAACAGGACCUGAGACAAAACCAGGAGAACCAC